UCAGUCUGCGUCCAUUAUUAUUGCAUCUUCUCUCCUUUAUGCACCCGUUUUGUCAAGGCUGCUAAGAGUUUGGGCGUAUGUACGCUAAUAGAAAUAAUAUUUAUUAGAAGGGACUCACGGUGCAUAUGUAUAUUCAAUACUAUUCAUGUAAAUAGUUUUGCUAUAUUGUUACUGCAAAAUCAUGUGAUUGUUACGAAAAUUUUACUACAGACACAACGUGUAGAGUUGUUGAGGCAGGAUAAAAUCUGUUAUCUGUCAACCCUAGUAAAUUCUAGUCUGAAUUAUAACAAUGACUUUGAUAAGGAUGAGUAUGUUCGUCGUGGUGUUUAUCGUGCUAGUGGCUGAUUCUGGGAACGGGUUUACCGUUGGACCACCCCCAUUGCCUUCCGUGUGUAAAACCAUGAGCCCACAACACCACGACUACAAAGCACAGACCGGAGAGUCUCCGUUUACAGUUAGCAUUGACCGGAAGGAAACUGCUGGGGGACAGAGUGUGUUUGUAAAUCUGGCCACAACCGAUCCGGAAACAAAAUAUAUCGGAUUUUAUGUGCAAGCUAGGGAUGAAAAUGACAACCCUGUUGGGGUAUUUACCCCAAAUACGGAUACAAAAGUCCAUAACUGCUUUGGGAAAAGAUCUAACGCUGCUCAUCACGCUACCGGACUUGUGAAGAAAUCGAACACGACCAUAAUAUGGACAGCGCCCAGAAAUUUUCAGGGUGAAAUUGUUUUAACGGGGACCAUGAUGCGAGACUUUGUGACUUACUGGGUAUUCCUGCAAAGUGAACCACUAAUAGUGACCGCGGCGGAUGGUUUGGAAGAAGUCGUAGGAAAUACGCUCCCACUUUCAGGUUCAGGUUCCAGCGGCAGCAGCAGCAGGCCAACGCCACGACCAAGGCCAAGCCUAAAUGCGACCCUUUUCACCUUGAUUGACAAUAUUGGAUCAAUUUUUAGAUUUCGGCUCACAAAUUCCAGCUCUGGCACAGGCAUCGGAAGAAGAUGCGAUACCGACAGGGUUUUUAACCAGUGGUUCUGUAAUCUCUUCAGUAACCCAAAUGCUGUUGGGGGAUGAUUUGGUAUUUCCUGCUCUGCUAUGAGAUCAUUUGUACUUAUUGUGAAUAAUAAAUAUGUGAUAUUUCCGGAUAUUAUGCCGCUGUGAUGAAUACAGUGUCAAUGCAUGCCAAUAGUAAAUAUAAUGUGUGUAUGAGAAAUUAGUACUAAUUAAGUAGUUAUAUAAGUAUAUAGUAUAUUGUGUACGUAUAAUUGGUAUCCAAACUGUUGAUAAAUAAUAAUAAAAAUGAAGAUGUAACUGAGGAAAUCAUAUCAUACCAAA